ACGGUUAGGCAGUGUUGCCAAGUUUUAUCAUCGCGCUGUGAAGCAAAACGUGUUGGAGCGCAUCUGCUGCGCAUUCUUUAUUUGUUCGCAAAAAACACAGGAGGUUCGUUCAAGAGAGCAACUUGUUUGAGAUGGAUCAAUACCAAAGACUCUCAGACGUCAGCUCUGACAGCAGUGCCUCAGAUCACAGCAUUAACGUUUCUGCUGGUGUGAUCAAUGCGCUAAAAGAGCAUGGAUACACCAUAAAAAAAGAACUUGGACGUGGAGGUUCAGGAAUAGCGUUUCUGGUGGAAGACACAGAGGGCGACCCUUAUGUGGUCAAAGAGAUGAAUUCCAGAGAUGUUGAGGAGCUGGAUACUGUCAAAAAGGAAGUCGAGAUCUUGAAAACUCUUAACUUUGGAUAUGUUGUUACUUAUGUCGAUUCAUUUGAAGAUGAAGCGGGACACAUUUACAUUGUGAUGGAGUUUUGUGAAGGAGGUGAUCUUUCAAAUAUCAUGGAAACACAGAAAAACGAAUGUUUUUUUGAAGAAAAACAGAUCCUUGACUGGCUGGUUCAGAUUUGUCUGGCUCUACAGUAUCUACAUAAGAGGAAAGUUCUUCACAGAGAUAUUAAACCUCAGAAUGUCUUUCUGACUGAAGAUGGUUACAUCACUCUAGGAGAUUUCGGAUGCUCAAAAGUUUUGGAAAGAGAUGCUGAAUAUGCUUCUUCAGUAGUGGGUGCAAAGCUCUAUGUCAGCCCGGAAGUUUACGAGAAGAAACAUAAUUCCAAGAGUGACAUAUGGUCAUUGGGAUGGUUGCUUCAUGAUCUCUGCAUGCUCGAUGUGUGGACAAAUAACAAGCAGCGUCACAUACUUCAUGCUUUGAGUAUGAUGGGAAACAUCCCUCACAUCACAGAGAGAUACUCAGAGGAACUACGAGAAUUAAUCAGACAAAUGCUAAGCUGUGACCCUAAGAACAGACCUUCAGCUGAAGAGAUAUUAGCAAAAUCAUUCCUGAGUGAUGCAGUAGGCAGAAACAGAAGUACUCCAGAGGCAUUGCUAAAGAGUUUCAUGAGGUCUAUCAACGCCUUUGAUAAGGCCUACGACAAGCACUAUAAAGACAUGGAGGUUUUAGUUAGUGAGUGGGGAAGAAUCACAGAUUCAAUGGAGUCUACACAUUACAGCGCCACAGCAGGGAGUCUGUCAGGUUCAGUGAUUGGAGCAGCUGGGGGAAUCACUGCAUUAGUUGGUGUCAUUUUGUCACCUUUCACUCUUGGAGCAUCUUUGAUUGUAGCUGGUGUUGGUAUUGGUGUUGGAGUUGCAGGUGGAGUAACAGGAGCUGCUUCCACCAUUACGAAUACUGUACAACAAAAAGCCCUUAGAGCGAGUCUUGAACAAAUUCAGCUGAAGUAUAAAUCUGUAAGCGAACCAAUUCUCACACCGCUAAAUACAUUGAGAAAGGUACUGAGAAAAAUCCAAAAGUUCAGUGCUUUUUUUGGCAACGCUGUUGACAACGUACAAAUAUCGUGCAAUUUAAACAAAGGUAGUGUUUUGUGUGCCACACAACUCAUGAAUUUGGGUCUGUUAGCAAAUAUAAGCAGAAUUGCUACUCAGACUGCAAGAGUAGGCCGAGUUGUAGCAGAAGCAGUCUCAGGUGUGUUAAGUGGACUGUUAGUCAUACUCGAUGUUGCCUUCAUAGUGUUGGAUUCUGUGGACAUACACCAGAUGAGACAGGGAAAAGUAGAUGAUCCAGAAAAGGUCAAAUCCAGUGUACUCAAAUCCAUUGCAGAGAUGAGGAAAACACAUAAGGAACUUUGCAAGGUUCGGAAGGAAAUACAAAAAACAAGAGAGGAACUAAAAGACUACAUAGAAAUGGCCAGGGUGGCAGUGGAAUAGACAAAGGUUUAAACUGUUUAAACAUAUAGCUAUUUUUUUAGUCUGAAAAUUGGGCAACAAUUGGGCACUUUUAUAUGUUUUUUUUUUCAGGACUGAUUUUUUCGGUCCAGUUAUACAAUUUGUUCAUUUCAUCUACACUGCAGCUCUGGAGAAAAGUGACUUUAUUGUCCAGCUCAUACAAUAGUGUUGAUUCAAUCAGAUAAAAAAAAAUGGGUGUCCCCAACUAUGCAAGCCCUAGAUUGACUAGAACCCAAACUACAUUAAGUGACGGAAUGGAGGAAAAACGAUAUAACCAUUAUACACAAGUGUUUUCUUUGAUUAUGAGUAGCAUUUAUGGAUUAGAGUUUUGGGGUAUGUUUUAUAAUCGUUUAAGUGAUUUGUGGGUAAAUAAAUGAGAGCUAAACAUGUAAAUUAUUCCAAGGUAAUAUUCUGAUAUCCACAAAAUAUGAGAAUAUUCUUCUUCAGAUUAAUGUUUUAUUAAUACACUUUACUAACAUAAUCAUUUCUAUAAUACGCAACUGUAAUCUUAGUUGUUUUCGUGUUAACCAAGACACACUGAUUAUGUUUUACAAAUAAUUUUUCACUUAUAAUUUGCGAUUUCUCUGAACUUUAAUGUAAAAUGA